AAACGCGCUGUGCAGGAAAUACGUAAUCUACAACGAAGCUUCAAAACGUUGUUAAUCAAUCCAUGACGAAAGCUCUUUACGUCAUAAAGGUCACGGCGCUUUGAACGCUUCGAAACAAAUCUCCGUCGUUUAUCAACGCACAGACAGACCUAUGUGCGGACACUGGCAAAACUACAGGCUCCGAGAUACACGAGAGUAAAUGCAAAUUCCCACGCAACAAAGUCGUGAACGUGGCUUAUAGAUAACUGAUUGUACGACCGCCAGGUUAUUCUGAACACAGAUUAUCUUCAAACCAGGAAUCUCACGUACGACAACGUGUCUGUUGACAGUGAAAUUCUCCAGCCACCGUCGCCCUUGGAAACCAUGUCUUCUAGUUCAGGAAGCAGCUCUAGUGGUUCUGAUGAAUCAGACUCGGAGGAAAGUAGUGUGAGUGGCCGGUCAUCUCCAGAAAAGCACGGUACACAAGGAUGGGGUCUUGCAAACUUCAUGGAAAAAAAGGUUGUUCCUCCUGUAGCAUCACUAAAACAUCUUACCACACAACCUGGAAAACAUAUGAUGUUGAACAACAGCCAGAAUGUCACCAUGGAUCUGGCUGAUGAAGACUCAGUGAACUGGAUUCUUGGAAAGUACUCCAGUACUGAUAUUAAGGAUUAUUUGCAGAGUCCAAGCCCUCACUUUGUUGAUUUUGAUUCUGGAAACCUACCCCUGAAUCCUGAAAUUGAUGUUCUGAUCUCCCCUGUUCUUCCUCCUGCACAAGAAGAACAGUUUAAUUCAAAAUAUGGGUCAGGGGAUGGAGAACAGAUUAGCAAAGAGCAUCUGAAGACUAGUGGACAAGAUGAAAUGAGCUUUGGUCAGACUUUUCGGUGGUCAGGUGAUGAUGAUAGGUUAAUUGGCAAUGAUUUUCCUAAGCUGGAACAGCAGAAUGUGAAAAUAAAGACAGAAGAGAACCAAGAUGGCACAGAACUUGAAGAAGGUCCAGAAAUAGCCCAUGAUGAAUUUAGUACAAGUUUUUAUUCUUGUCCUGAGAUGUCCAGAUCAUUUGCUCUCAGAGCUGAUAGUAUAACAUUGUCCGUGUCUAAUUCUAUCCAACCAUGCUACAACUUAGAAAAUAGCACAAUUUCAUGUUCAACUUCAUUGAAAUCAAGUUCAGAAGAAGUCAGAAAAAAAGAUGGAAACAAAAAGUCUGCAGUAAAGAAAGAAACUUCAAAGAAAUAUAACAGUUAUAGUGAAUGUUUAUUCAGUGUUUCUGGAAAAGAAGAAAAAGAGUAUAAAGGUUCUGAAGAUAAAAAUACAUCUAGUAAUUCAGAAGUAAAGCCCAAAACUGUAUAUACAGAAGAAAAAUUGUGUAAAAACUUUGUAAUCAAAAAGGUGGAGAAAAAUAGUGCCUCAAAAAUGAAACCUAAAGAACUCGUGUCUGAUACAUCAAAAAAGGAAUUAUACACAUCCCAAAUGAGUUCAUCAUCCAAAAGGAUAAAACAUAUUGCCAUAAAGGAAAAAUCUGAUUUGUUCUCAGUAGAAAAAACAUCUUCAUGUCUGUCUGGAAGUUUAUCUAACAAACAGCCAGAAGAGGUUAGAGAAAACGAUCAUCCAGUGAAACCUCAUGUAACCGAUGUUAUCAAUAGAGUUGCCGAAGGGGACUUAUCAUGUAGCAACACUUGCUUAAACAGUGACAUAUCAGCAAAGAGGUCUGAUCAUACAACAUCUAGCCUUGUAAUAUUUGAUGAUAAGGUCAAAAUUGACCCACCCAUUUCUGUUGAAGACCCACUUGAAGCUCAGAACGAGCUAAAAGAAAAUGCUAUACCUUGUGUUUUUGUAAGUAUAGAUUUAGCUCUUAUUACUAGAGUCCCUGCUUGUCCUCCGGGUAAACGUAAACAACAGGAUUCUGUCAGGCAUUCCCCAAGGAUGCAUUUAAAAGAAAUCAAACAGGACUCUAACAGGAGUAGUGACUGUUUAAAUCCAGCUUAUGAUACUGUAUCAUCAGUGAAGAGAAAGAAAAGAAACAGACUGAAACAACUACCAUGUAAACCUGAGGAGAAUAAAAGAGGGGAUGAAACGAGGCAUAUAGUGUCAGCUCCUACAAGAUCUGGUUUUCCAGAACCACAGGCUGCUGGAAAAGAGAGAGAAAAGGAAGUGGAUAUUUUGUGGAAUUAUACACCAACCCCAAAAUCGCCAGGAUGUUGCGAUAGCCAAAGUAGUUUUUCAGUUAGUUCAUAUUUCAGACACCAGAGUCCCAUCAAUGUCAGUUCUUGGAGCCAUAAGGAUGCUGAAGACCAUUCUACAAAGCAUAAGCCAAAGGGUGAAAUAAAAAGUCAAUCAGAAGAUUCCUUGUCUCAUUCCUCCGCUAAAAAAUUAAAAAAGAAAGAAGAGAAACAGAGGAUGAAAAGAAAAGAAUCAGACUUUAGAGCUAAAGAAAAGAGCAGAAACAAGGAGAGUAAAAGAUCGAGGAAGAUAGAAGAAAGUGCUCAUAGUUUACCUAGUCAG